GCGAAAAGUGAAGAUCUGAGGCUUUUGGUAAGGGCAGGUGCACACUCAUCGCGCACACUUUAACAUGUGGAAGUGGCUUAUUCAUCUGAUGACCUUUUCGUUCGUGUUUCAAGAGCUCCACCAAGGCGAUUCGGGAUGAGUAAGACGGAGUUCGUCAGCCCAGAGGGCUUCCGCAUCGACGGCAGGAGGCCCUCCGAAAUACGCACAUUCCGCUGCCAGGUCGGUGGAGUGUCGCAGAACGCCGAUGGGUCGGCAUACGUGGAGAUGGGCUGUACCAAGGCACUUGCAUACGUCUACGGGCCCAAAGAGGUGCAUGUUGAAGACACUCACGACAGUAUUUGCAUGGCAUGGCAUUGUUCUUUUUCGCUCAUUCCUCACUGAGUGCAGGCUCGUCGGGGUGCGAUGAAGACGCAGUGUGGUGUGUUGACGUGUGAGGUCAGCCUGGCGCCCUUCAGCACCGCAGACAGGAGGAAACGAUCAAGAUAUGACAGGUGGGCAGGCAGGCGUGCAGACAGCACGCCAGCACUCAUGUGGGUGAGAGGAUUGCUUGCAGGCAGACGGUCGAGUUGGCUUUGACGAUUCGUCAGGCGUUCGAGAGCAGCAUCCUGUUGGAGCUCUACCAGAGGGCACAGAUCGACAUGUUCGUGCACAUACUCGAAACAGACGGAGGUCAGUCAGUCAGCCAUAUUGCCUGCAUGGCGAGGUGCCAAUGUGUCUGGUGCUGCCUGGUGUGUGUCUGUUGGUUAGGUCACAAGGCGGCGGCAAUCAACGCAUGCAAUCUGGCGCUGAUUGAUGCCGGCAUCAACAUCCGCGACUCGCUUGUGGCGUGCUCGGCGGGAUACAUCGACGGCAGGCCGAUCGUCGACAUGAACCAAGCCGAGAUCAACGCCGGUGGGGUCGAACUGCUGCUCGGCGUCUUCGCGCGCACACGGAAGGUGACUCUUCCUUCAGUGGCCACGUGCACAUAGACGGCUGCCUUGCCGAUGAAAGACGGCUGUGUGCCUUGCUUUGUCUGUGUAGGUGAGUGUGAUAGAGAUGGACUCCAAGAUAACUCCUGAGGUGUUCCAGGAGACGUAUGAGGCGUGCAUCGCGGCGUGCAGAGACCUUUAUACUGCCAUGGAGACCGCAGUGAAUGACACGGCGCUGCGGCUUGUUCACUCAAAGUGAACGAGUGGGUGAGUGAGUGUGUCUCAUUGGCAGAUAUGUACGUGUGUACGCAAGUGCUUCUACUGGAUCUGUACAGUGUGUGAUUGUGAUUGUGAUUGUGAUUGUGAUUGGCUGUGUUAAUGAGUGAGUGAGGCAGCGCUGAGC